CUAAUGUAAAGGCCAGUAAAGUGAAAAUGUAACAGAAGAAGAAUAAGAACCAUUAAAAUAUUUAGUUGAACCCGAUAAGAAGCAUUUCCAAUUGUUUUAAGUUUAAAAUGGACGUAGAAGUGCGGCAUGAUUUAUUCAAGGGCAAAGGCGUGUAUGCGAAAAAACCAUUUUUAAAGGAUAGUAUUAUUUUCCAAGAAGACCCUUUGGUAUCUUGUCAGUUAUCAUGGAAUGCUGCAUAUGGUUAUUUGGCAUGUGAUCAUUGUUUGAGGCCUUUAGAAACAGCCCAAGAAAAUGCUGGUAGAUUAUCUGGACAAUUGGUAGAAUUACCUUAUCCAGAAUGCUGCACAAUUGAUAAAAGUAAAAUAACUAAGUGUCCAUAUUGUCCUGUGAAUUAUUGUUCAGAAGAAUGUAAAAUGGAAGCAUUUGAUCACUAUCACAAGAUGCUUUGUCACGAAAUAAAUGGCUCUCAUCCUUUAGAGCAAUUGAAUGAAGCUUGGAAGAAAGUACAUUAUCCACCAGAAACUAAUAGUAUUAUGUUAAUAGCUCGAUUAUUAAGUAGAAUACAACAAGCUUCCAAUAAAGAAGAUACAAUUGCACAAACCCUUGAAUUUUGUCACACAACAACUGACAAAUCUAAGAAUUUAGCUCAUAAACUUCUUGGAGAAAAAUUUGUUAAUCAAAUAUACACUUUGCAUGGUCUAUUGGUGGCUGCAAUACCUAAUGAGGGUAUUGAACAUCUAUUAACUUUUGAUGGAUUCUUAAGUUUGUUGGCACUGAUAGGCACAAACACACAGGGAGUUGGCACAAGUGCAAUAGCCAAUUGGGCAACUAAAGCAGAAAAUCUUUCUCUUGAAACUAAAGAUAAAGAAGUUUUUGAUUCAUUCCUCGAUCAACUCUACCAACAAAUGGAAGAAAAUGUUGGAGAUUUUCUUAAUAAUGAAGGCGUAGCAUUGUACAGACUUCAGAGUUGUUGUAAUCAUAGUUGUGAUCCAAAUGCUGUAGUGAAAUUUAUGAAUAAUAACCACAGGCUAUCUUUGGUUGCUUUAAAAGAUAUAGAAGAGGGUGAAGAAAUUUGCAUAAGUUAUUUAGAUGAUUGUGUGUUAACAAAGUCAAGACAUUCCAGAUGCAAAGAACUGAUGAACAAUUAUUUGUUUGUCUGCAGAUGUGACAGAUGCAAUAAUGAAUCUGAUCAACCAGAUGAAACUAGUGAAGAAGAUGACUCAAUGAGUGAUUAAAAUACAAACCAAAAAAUUAUAAGAACUACUUCUUAGAGAAGUAGGCUAAAUGUUGGGUUUAACAUUCACUUGUGACAUACUUUUUUAAAAUUCAAAGUAAUAUGUUUAACUAGUGUAUAAACAAUUGUUAUCAACCCCUUUCAUAUCUAUUGAAAUUAUAUUGCAAAGCAGUUAUGAUAGUCCUAUUUUAUCAUAUAGUAACAAGGUUGCAUGUUCAUAUUUCAUAAUUUAAUUUCAGCUGUUAUUUUCCUGCUUAAACAUAAACCGACCAUUAUCAAUAUUAUGAUCCAUCAUAUAUUUUUACAUCUUAUGAGAUGUAAAUCUCGCACAGAAUUUAUGAAUAGACAUCCCUGUAAAACUAAAGUCAUAAAGAUUAAAUACAAUUAUCUACAUAUUCAUGAAUAAACUGUCAAAUUUGACUGCUCUCUAGUUUUACCAAUAUUUCAAGUCAUUAUAUGUCUACUCUUGAAAUUGAAAUAGUCUGAAAACAUUUUUAUUACAAAUAAUCACCCCAAGAAAAAUUACACAGUAUUUCUCGUACUAGUUUUAAUAAAAUCUGUGUUGAGUUUUAUAUUUCAUAAAUGUUAAUAAACUUUAAACACUGGCUUAA